GGCGGGGCCCCGAAGCCCGGCCCCAGCCCUGCGCGCCUCUCCGCAGCCUCCGGGCCGAGUCGGCCAAGGGUUGAGCUAUGCACAGCGUCCACGCCUCAGUGGGUCUUUUGCAGCAGUUGCGAAAACCCGGAACGAAGGUGUUGUUGCCGCCGUGCGGCGGAGCGGCGCCGCCCCUCGCCGCACCUCCCCGGCAGCCUUCGGAGGCCUUGCUGGGCAUGCUCAGUCGGCAGGGCCGCUUCAGCUCUCGGAGCAGGAAGCUCGGGGCGCUGGGCUGGUGAGGACCCGCGGCGGGACGAAGAUGGAGCCCUUUACCAACGAUCGACUUCAGCUUCCAAGGAAUAUGAUUGAAAACAGCAUGUUUGAAGAAGAACCAGAUGUGGUAGAUUUAGCCAAAGAACCUUGUUUACAUCCUCUGGAACCUGAUGAGGUUGAAUAUGAGCCCCGAGGCUCGAGGCUCCUGGUGCGCGGCCUUGGUGAGCAUGAGAUGGAUGAGGAUGAAGAGGAUUAUGAGUCAUCUGCAAAGCUGCUGGGCAUGUCCUUCAUGAACAGAAGCUCAGGCCUUCGGAACAGCGCGGCAGGCUACAGGCAGAGUCCCGAUGGGACUUGUUCAGUGCCCUCUGCCAGGACCUUAGUGAUCUGUGUUUUUGUCAUUGUGGUUGCUGUCUCUGUGAUCAUGGUGAUCUAUCUACUGCCUAGAUGUACCUUUACCAAAGAAGGCUGCCACAAAACGAACCAGUCAGCAGAACUCAUUCGUCCAAUUGCUACAAACGGGAAGGUGUUUCCAUGGGCUCAAGUCAGGCUUCCCACUGCCCUUCUUCCUCAGUGCUAUGAACUUAGCUUACAUCCAAACCUAACCUCAAUGACAUUCAGGGGCGCUGUGACAAUUUCACUUCAGGCUCUCCAAGACACAAGGAACAUCAUUCUCCAUAGCACAGGACAUAAUAUUUCAAGAGUGACAUUUAUAUCAGCAGUUUCAAGUCAAGAAAAACAAGUUGAAAUCCUGGAAUAUCCAUAUCAUGAACAAAUCGCCAUUGUUGCCCCUGAAACCCUUCUAACAGGACACAAUUAUACCUUGAAGAUAGAGUAUUCAGCAAAUAUAUCUAACUCUUAUUAUGGGUUUUAUGGCAUCACCUACACAGAUAAAAGUAAAGAGAAAAAGUACUUUGCAGCGACUCAGUUUGAACCUCUGGCAGCGAGAUCUGCUUUUCCAUGUUUUGAUGAACCAGCAUUUAAGGCCACAUUUAUUAUCAAGAUCACAAGGAAUGAAAACCACACUGCGUUAUCAAAUAUGCCUAAGAAGUCAUCGGUCCCUGCAGAAGAAGGACUUAUUCAAGAUGAGUUUUUUGAAAGUGUGAAAAUGAGCACAUACCUGGUUGCCUUCAUCGUAGGGGAGCUGAGGAACCUGAGUCGGGACGUAAAUGGAACUCUGGUUUCUGUGUAUGCUGUACCAGAAAAAAUUGGUCAAGUUCACCAUGCCUUGGACACAACUGUAAAGCUCCUUGAAUUUUAUCAAAAUUACUUUGAAAUUCAAUACCCACUUAAGAAAUUGGAUUUGGUGGCCAUUCCUGACUUUGAAGCAGGAGCAAUGGAAAAUUGGGGCCUGCUUACAUUCCGAGAAGAGACUCUGCUGUAUGACAAUGCCACUUCUUCAGUAGCAGAUAGAAAACUGGUCACUAAAAUCAUUGCUCACGAACUGGCACAUCAGUGGUUUGGCAAUCUGGUUACAAUGCAGUGGUGGAAUGGCCUGUGGCUAAAUGAAGGCUUUGCCACUUUCAUGGAGUAUUUUUCUGUGGAAAAAAUAUUCAAAGAGCUCAACAGUUAUGAAGACUUCUUAGAUGCUCGAUUCAAAACCAUGAGGAAAGAUUCCUUGAAUUCGUCUCAUCCAAUAUCAUCACCUGUUCAGUCCUCAGAACAAAUAGAAGAAAUGUUUGAUUCUCUUUCCUAUUUUAAGGGAGCUUCUCUCUUGUUGAUGUUGAAAAGCUACCUUAGUGAAGAUGUGUUUCGGCAUGCUGUCAUUCUUUACCUGCACAAUCACAGCUAUGCAGCUAUUCAAAGUGAUGACCUCUGGGACAGCUUCAAUGAGGUCACAGACAAAACUCUAGAUGUAAAGAAAAUGAUGAAAACCUGGACCCUGCAGAAAGGAUUCCCAUUAGUGACUGUCCAGAGGAAGGGGACUGAGCUUCAUCUACAACAAGAAAGAUUUUUUCUAAACAUGCAACCAGAAAUUCAGGCUUCAGAUACAAGCCACCUUUGGCAUAUUCCAAUAUCCUAUGUCACUGAUGGAAGAAACUAUUCAGAAUAUCGAUCAGUUUCACUACUGGACAAGAAAUCAGAUGUCAUCAAUCUUACAGAACAAGUGCAGUGGGUCAAAGUCAAUUCAAACAUGACUGGCUAUUACAUUGUUCACUAUGCUGAUGAUGACUGGGCAGCUCUAAUCAAGCAGUUAAAAAGAAAUCCUUACGUUCUGAGUGACAAAGACCGAGCCAACCUGAUCAAUAACGUCUUUGAACUUGCAGGCCUUGGCAAAGUGCAUCUUCAGAUGGCAUUUGAUUUGAUUGACUAUCUUAGAAAUGAGACCUACACUGCACCCAUCACUGAAGCUCUGUUCCAGACGAACCUUAUCUAUAAUCUCCUGGAAAAACUGGGGUACAUGGACCUGUCUUCACGAUUGGUGGGCAGAGUACAUAAAUUGCUCCAGAACCAAAUCCAGCAGCAGACUUGGACAGAUGAAGGUACGCCAUCCAUGCGAGAGCUUCGGUCAGCCUUGCUGGAAUUUGCCUGUGCCCACAACCUAGAGAACUGUACCACUGUGGCCACACAGCUGUUUGACAACUGGAUGGCAUCCAAUGGAACUGAGAGCCUGCCUACUGACGUCAUGACCACUGUGUUCAAAGUGGGAGCAAGAACGGAGAAAGGCUGGUUGUUCCUCUUCAGCAUGUAUUCCUCCAUGGGCUCCGAAGCAGAAAAGAAUAAAAUACUUGAAGCUCUUGCCAGCUCUGAGGACGUACAUAAACUUUACUGGUUAAUGAAAAGUAGCCUUGAUGGUGAUAUCAUCCGAACACAGAAGUUGUCACUUAUCAUUAGAACAGUGGGCAGACAUUUUCCUGGACAUCUGCUGGCCUGGGAUUUUGUUAAAGAAAACUGGAAUAAGCUUGUACAUAAGUUCCAUCUGGGCUCCUAUACCAUACAGAGUAUUGUUGCUGGAUCCACUCACUUAUUUUCAACAAAGACACACUUAUCUGAGGUCCAGGCAUUCUUUGAAAACCAGUCAGAGGCCACCUUGCAGCUCCGGUGUGUUCAGGAGGCUUUGGAAGUAAUUCAGCUGAACACCCAGUGGAUGGCCAGGAACCUGAAAACGCUGACGCAGUGGCUGUAGCCCACACGGCAGGUUCCGGGCGCCCAGGCUCUGCUGCUUCUGCAAAGGUUGAGUGAAGGCCGGCCUGCUGCCAGAGUUGUUUGCACUGUUAGAAGUUCUAGUUAGCUCAGGGCCCAAUUGUAUUUUUCAUAUCUUUUCUGAAAUGUCUUAGGCAGUAGUUAUUUAUUACAAAGUUAUAUUCAACUGUAUGUCAACUGUCUACAAUAACAAUAAGUAAAUUUUUUGACACACAAAUGGAGAAAAAAGUCAGAUUUGAAAUUUUGUUCUCUUUCUUAGUGUCUAGAGUGUUAACUGUUACGGUGCAACCAAGGAAGGUCUGCUGUAAAACCAUUGUUAUUAGGUUGCUGGCUGGUCAGCUCUUGUUGCUUCUUGUUAAACAGAUACACCUGGAUUUUGAUAGUUAUCCUGAAGAGUGCAGUGGCAAAGACAUUGAAGGCGCAGCUCUAGACAGAUGACCAUGGGCGUUCUUUAAACCUGAUUGGGGGUUCUUUAAAAAGGUUUAUGUCCAAAUUCCAUUUUUUUUUCCUGCAGAAUAGCCAGGUUCUAAAGAAUUUUUCAUAUUUCUGUUAAACAGUCAGACCCAACGUUUCAGUUUUCCAGAUGUCUAGCACUUUCUGUGUUACCUUUAUGGCACCAUGUAGGAAGUGUUCUGACCGAGUUAACAUUAAUGGCUCUACUCACGAAUCCCAGCGCCCCCGACUGUGUGUCCCUCGGCCGUCUCCUGUAGAGGAGCGUCUACGCUCUCGGAGGAGGCUUGCUCCUGCACAGCAAGUGCCCCAUGCUUGGGAGGCUUUCUGUGAGCACUGGUGGCUUUGUCGUUGCUUUCAGCCCAGGAUGUAGGUUGUUUAAGCGGCCUUUUGAACCUUACAGAUCGUACCCUCCUCUCUGUGAGUCACACCCGGGUGUGGGUGUUUGCUUUAUGUUACUGUAUAUAUAUUAGAAGCAUUUCUUAAAUAGGGUCUUCAAGAAAUUAAAGUUUUUUAUUUUGAAGUUCACCUUAGUACCUUAAAGGAACAGUGAGAAUGUGGGACAGGAGGAAGAUGAAAAUAUGGUGGGCUAUGAAUUCUUUUUCACUGUUAAAAGCAGUGGUUUUGUUUAGUUGAAAAAAGCAUAGGUUUUUUUCUUUUUUUUUUUUUUCUUUCAUUUAUCAUGGCCAAACUGCGUUAAACAUAGUGGCCAAGGGUCAAGCAGAGGUCAAGUGCGGGAGGGAACCCAGAGCAGAAGUGGACGCUUUCACUUCUAAAGGAGAAAUAUUGUACUUGAAUUUUUUGAGCUAUGCAGACUUAUUCCUAGAUUGUUGUGUUUCUUUGAUUCUUAGGAGAGAAGCUUUCUUCUUAAUAACUUAUGAGAAUUCUAUAUUUUAUUUGAAAACAGUGUCUGUGUACAUAAAAAGGGAAUUACUCAUUUGUGAACACUGAAGAUACUCCAGAGUCAGACCAUAGAAAUGCCACUUUUUUUUUAUUCAGCUGUUGUAAAGCUAGAAUAUGUGGAGUUAUAUAAAAAGUUAUAGUUUAUUUUAUGACAAUAUUUUUAUAUAUCAAAAUUUUAACGGCUGACAAGCUGAAAAUUACCCUGCUUUAAUCCUAGAGUUUGCUCCCAAUUUAGUUUUUUCUAAACAUUUUUUUGGUUUUUUGUUCUUGUGUUUUUUAGUAGAAAAUGUUAUUCCUGAGAAUCAUAGACUUAUCUUGACAUUAUAGUGAAAUAGGUAAUUAUAGAUAUCUAUUCCCCUUGUGGUUUUGGUAAAUGUAUGACAGUUCAAUUGAUAACUGAAGGUUAGUAGGGUUUUAUAUUUUUAGAGUGAAGACAAAAUACUAUUGUGGGUUUUGGUUACCCCUUUUCAUUUUUUACCAUGUUGUAUUACUAAAUUAUACUUUGAUAACAGAGUUUAACUUUUGCUACUUCUCAAGAUCAGUUCAAUCUUGAGAUUGACCUGCCCAUCUUGGUGUUGAUCUUAAAGUCUUUGUAAUUCUGCAUAUGGCAAAUCUUGUCUUAAAUAAUACUUUUUUCCAUGUAUGCGUGUGAAUGUUUGUGGUGUGCCAUGUUGUAAGUAAACAAGGCUACGGGGCUUAAAGAGAGGCCCUUCCUGAUCCAGCGCUGUAGUAGCUGCUCCUUCCCAGGGUGCUGGAGCAUAUUUCAAGUCUUACCUAUAACCUUCACCUGACUUUUAAAAUGUUGGUAGGCCUCUUAAUUUGCCCACAGAAUUCUGUAUGUUUUCGUGUUUUGUUAGCUCAUUUAUGUGCAGCCUCUUAGCUAAUUCAAAGUCAGUGCGAUCAGGCUGAGAGUGGCGUUCAUAGUCUGAGUAUAUUGGUAGCAUUCAGGUUUUCUUCCUCUAAAAUGUAAUUCUUCUCUCUGUACUUUUAGGAAGGAAGAUUGAAGCACAGGGGUCAGCUUGUGCUCUGGGCAUAAACACACAAAUACCUGACAGCACUGGGUAGCAGUUGAAUGAGCAUUCUGAUCCCUACAGCGAAAGGGUGUUCUUGGAUGUAGUGUGAAAGGUGCAUCUUGAUUAAUAGGAAAGAUAGAAUUGGAAAUCUAGACUUGAGGACAAGAGUUGAUUUGGAGAUCUGAGAGUUUAUUAAAGCUAGGAAUUGGAAGAGACAAGUUUACUCUGCUAAUAAGAAGUUAAAUAUAAUAAAGUCGUGGCAGUGCCCCCACCCCAGAAGCUUACGCUUUCUUCUGUCUCAUUGUAUUUGUCAUUGCUUCAUAGUGUUCACAGACUUUCUUGCUAUCACAGGUUUUCUUAAUUUUUUUACUUAAUUUUCUAUGCCAUAUGAGAUUUUUAGCCACCAUUAGAGCAAAAGCUGCCAGAAGAGUCCUGGGUAUAAAAAAUAAAUCCAGCUGCAUGAGGUUUACUGGGCACCCAACAAUCCUUGCUGAUUAUGUGGAAGCAAGAAAUUAAGUCUUCUGAUGUUGCAUGAACGUUAGUCUGGUGUUAAAUUGGACUUUGAAGAUGAUUACUAACACACCUGAACUGAUAAUCCUCAGCCAGACUGCUGAGCACGUAUCUAAGACCAUGUGGUUUGUGGCUUUCAAGGAUGGCACGGUGCGUCUCAGGUGCUUUGUUGCCAAGGAGUGCAGUGACUUUGCAGCUAGGACUGGGUCGCUUUACAUGAGCCUCUCAGAAUUGGCCUUUUGUUUUGUUUUGUUUUGUUUUGUUUUUUUGGUAAUGUUCUGUCUUCUUAUGUUUGUAUUUCUUGAAACUCGGGUAUAUAUUUUUGCUGGGGUUUUAGUUGUUUUAUUUUGUUCUUAAAUCUCUAAAAUAUCAAAAAAGUACCAAAUGAAAAAUGGAGGUCCCAAAGUAUGACAGAUUACUCUUUCCCUAUCCCUUUUUGCCUGGUUAGUCGGUAACUAGUAGAAUAAGUGAUUGACCUUUUGAGAGUUUGUAGAGAAUUUUGGGUGGGGAUGUUGGUACAUAUUUUGAAACAUAUACAUGUAUUUUUAGAUGUUUUUAUAUUUUAUAAAUUUUGUCCUGUUAAUGAAAGAGUGAAAUACUGCUCUCUGAUAAUCUCAUAUUGCCUACUAUAGGCAAGAUUUAUAGAAUAAUUUGAUUUUAAGUUUUGAAAAUGGUGGGUUUCAAGAGGGGAACAAGAUAGCUUCUUUUAAGAGUGUGUAGAAAUAGUUUUGCUGCUAUUUGGCACUUAUUUAAUGCUGUUCUUUAUACAUUUUUCUUGUAUAUAAACCAUGCAAAGUUACACAGAUGUUUGGCACUAACAGAAUAGUAUUAGUACCUGUUGUUUCACUCUAGUCUUAGGACCUUAGGUUGUCUCUCGUCCUUCCAAACAUGUUAUAAAUGUAGUGCUGCUUGUGUUUCCCGUAGACUUAUCUCUUUGCAUAGACAUUUAAUUACGAUUGUGAUUGAGUAUGACAGAUUCUUCCCUUUUUCUCGUUGCCUCUUAAGGCAAUAAUUAUGUGGAAGAGAGUAGAGUAGUGUGUACUAUGGCUUUUUAUUACUAAUUCAUUAGGUCCUAUGCCCUUCAAACAUAUGUGAAAAUACCUGAUGAAAUGUGGAAGACUACAUGUGAACAGUCCUCUUCUUCCCACCUCGUACAGCCUGUUGGCAACAGCUAACACAAUGGCUACCUGAGUGGAAGAUGGAGGGAAUGUACUUAGUGUCUGUAUAUACGCUCUUACUAUGUAUUAUUUAAUGCCCUGGGUGAUCAGAAUGGAAGAUCCCCAAUGUACCGUGGAGUUGAGAUGUAUAGCAGUGCCCUCUUCUCCUUUAUUGCCUGGGUACAAUACUUCUUGUAGUAUUUUGAAUGUUUGAAAGUCGGUUUGGGUUUCUGGUGACUGUGGUUGGUUGGGUUUUGCUGUGCUCUAAAAGUAGUUCGGGGGCAGAGUAUAUACUUUUCAAGUGUAUAGCCAUGCUGUCGCUGUGUUUUUACUUCCUUGCUUCCCCUGUUCUGUCUGGAUUUAUGAGUAAAGUUGGGGAUCUCUCUAAGAGGUCUCUUCUGUUGGCCGUGCAGUAUCUCGUAGCACUGGACAUGACUUGGAGCUGCUCUGGGGCUGAGGCGCUGGCCUCUGCUGGCCUGUGUGUCCUUCGGUGCUCUCGCUCCUUGCUCGCUGCAUUUCACUGGGUGCCUGUCCUGAGGAACUGUGCAGCUCUGAGUUAGUGUCCUUCCGCUCCUACUCCAUCUGUCAGUAGGUUUCUCUUUUUAGUUUUUUCUCUUAGCUUUACUGGGGACUAAGGGCGAGAAAUAUAUUCUUUACAAAUAUAAAUAGUUUUGUUACUAUACUGUGCUAUUUCAUUUGGUACUGAAUGCUUUCCAUGGGCAUGAAAGUACCUGAUGAGACGUGGAGGUCCGGAUGUAUGGAAGCUCCCUCUUCCCUUUUCCUCAUUGCCUCUGUGGGCAGUAAUUGUAGAGUAGCAUAGGUUUUCUAAUUCUCUCCCACCCAGAGGGGUGAGGAAUGUAUAUACUUUAAAAUGUAAAUAUAAAUUUUUAAAUCUUUUUGUUGUUACUUCAUUUGUACCUAAAUCUAUUUGUGGACACUUAGGUACAUAAGGAAUAUUGAGGUUCAUUCUAUGAAAAAUCUCCCCUCUCCCUUCCCUCACUGCCUGUCUGGGCAGUGGCUUGUAGAGUAGUUGUGCAGCUUUGGCAUGGGGUUGUGGGUGAAAAGAGUUCUGGGUUUGACUUUUUUACAUGUAUUUAAAAGUCUGUCAGUUAUUUCAGGUUUUUGCUCUCAGUCUGUGUUUGUGUUAUCAAACAAACCAAGAGUCUAUACCCAGAAGUGUGGAACACCUGCCCCUCACUCUGUCCCCUGUGCCAUAUUGCAGUAGUGUAUAUGUACUAUAAGGCUUGAGUUCUUUUUUUUUUUUU